CGCGCGCCUCGCGACUGUCACCAAAGAGCCGCCGCGUGUGCACAUCACUCGACUGGCCGGUUAGCAUCGAUUGGGAGACGAAUUUUGUUUGCUUGUUUUUGUAAGCAUACAAAGAGUGACAUGAGCGACUCCAACGGACGGCGACGGAGACGAUGAGAAUAGUGGGGUUUGUGUCCUGUCGUUGGUACGGCGCAGAAGAAGGGAAGUUACUCGAAAGUUUUAGACAUGAAGAAGGACAUAGACACCUUGAUAGCAGAAGAACGUGCAGACAUCAUUUCCAAAUAUGACAAGGGCAGGCAAGAGGGUGUCUGUAUUGACCCUUGGGAGGAUGCUGACUACAGCAUUUAUAAGGUGACGGACCGCUUCGGCUUCCUGCAUGAGAAAGAGUUACCGACACCCAGUGUGGUUGAAGAAAAGCAAAAGCAGCAAGAGAUUGAUCGUGUGGAGAAGUGGCUGAAGAUGGUGAAGACCUGGAAUAAGUAUAAGGACAGCGACAAGUUGGUGAAGCGUGUAUAUAAAGGCAUCCCUCUCCAGCUCAGAGGCCAGGCCUGGGCGUUACUUUUGGAAAUAGAUAAAGUUAAAAAAGACAAUGAGGGCAAAUAUGAGAAAAUGAAACUGCAGGCUCGCAACUUCUCCACAGAGAUCAAACAAAUUGACUUGGAUGUCAACAGAACCUUCAGGAACCACAUCAUGUUCAUGGACCGCUUUGGAGUCAAGCAACAGGCACUCUUUCAUGUACUAGCAGCCUACUCGGUCUACAACACGGAGGUGAGCUACUGUCAGGGGAUGAGUCAGAUCGCUGCUAUCCUGCUCAUGUACCUGAAUGAGGAGGACGCCUUCUGGGCUCUUUCCCAGCUCCUCACCAACAGCAAGCACGCCAUGCACGGUUUCUUUAUCCCGGGAUUUCCCAAACUGCAGCGUUUCCAGGCCCACCAUGAGCGGAUACUUUCCAAAAUGCUGCCCAAACUGAGGAAGCACCUGGACAAGGAGCAGAUGUCAUGUGGGGUUUACACCACCAAGUGGUUCCUUCAGUGCUUUAUUGACAGAAGCCCCUUCACCCUCACCCUCCGCUUAUGGGACAUCUAUAUUCUGGAAGGGGAGAAGAUGCUGACUGCUAUGGCUUACACAACGCUCAAGUUACACAAGAAGCGUUUGCUGAGGUUCCAGUUGGAGGACCUGAGGGAGUUUCUUCAGGAGCAGCUGGCUGCUUCGUUCCUGCUUCCGGAUGAUGUCGUGGUGGAGCAACUACAGGCCGCCAUGUCUGAGCUACGCAGUAAAAAGUUGCACCAACCUCCUCCAGGCAAGUCAGAGGAGCUGCCAAAGAAGCCCCUCGGUCAAGAGAGGCCGAUUCUCCUGCUCCCUCUGCAGCGUGACACUCCUCUAGAGGUCAAAAGUGAUCUACAGCCUCGCAGCCGGUCAAAUACGGAGAGCAUCACCGAGGCGCAGGACUCAAGAAGUCCCAGCAGUUCCAGCACACUCUCCUCGCGAUCGCCGGACCCAGCUGCAGCGCUCACGAAAGCGACAUCUUCUCCCUCGAUGCCUUGUAGAGCACCUCCGUUACCUCCCAAACCAGCAAAACCCUGUGCUGAGGUCAAUGAUGGCAGAGAUGUGAAGGAAAGUGAGAAAACACAAGGAGGCAAACUUUGUGGCCCCCCAGACGUCCAGGAGGAGUUUAUAGAUUGGCCCCCUCCAUAUGAAGCCCCUCCUCCGGAUGAGCUGAACGUGAAUACAGACGAGAUGUUGGACCUGCCAGAUCUGCCGCCUCCACCGUUGUUGUACCCCACAGAGCUGGAGCAAAAAGUCAGUCCGCCGGCCCGGCACCGUUCCCCUCCCAAAUUGGUGGUUCCGUUGAAGCCAUCUCCGAAAACACUCCCCAAACCGUUCAUGUCCCCUCCCCGUGGCUUCACAGCAUCUUCCUCUCCCAGGCUCGCGCCCCCCAAGCCCACCAAGUUCCCAGUGUCUCUGUACGUGCCGGCGUCUUCGGCUGACAGGAGGCCUUCCAACACCUCCCAGUACGACAACCUGUCCGAAGCCGAUGACGACGACCGCUGCCCUGAGAGGUUGCUGGGCUCCACGCCCGAGGAGGUUUCUUUCGACAGAGACUACGACCCCGCUCGCUACCCGCUACCUCCGCCCCCCAUCUUCAUCCCGCCGUCACCGUCUCCUCUCCUUCCCUCGCGCUGCGCUCUUCCCUGUUUGCCUCAGGAGCCGGAAUAUGAAGAAGAGGACCGCUGGGUGGAGGACUCCGUCAUCAUCCCCCCUCCUCCGCCCAGCUUUGCCGACAGACUCUCUCCCCUGCGGUGCCACAGAGCCACCUCGCCCAGCGCGUAUUCCAAAGCUUUCUCUCGGGGCCCCAGGGACCGUUCUGCCUUCCCGGCACCACUCUUGUACACCAGGUCUCCCCCGGGACAGUCUGCGUUGUGGGUGCCGGACGUUGGAUCCAGCCCAGACUUUUGCAGGAUGCCUCCGGGUGGACAGCGGCUGCCGAAGUCGAUCACCUUUUGAAGUGGAAUCAACGUAUCGACUGAUCCUACCGGUAUGAAGCGUUUCAGUUAAAAGGCCAGUAGCUAUUGGCUGUGUCUCCGCGGCAAGGCAUUUGAGCAUUUAUUCGUGUGCUGAAUUGUCCAUGUGCUUGUACGCUCUUUGUCCUCACUCGUAAGACGGGGCGCUAGUGAUCUCCCCCCACUACUGAAUACACUUUUUUGUCCACUAGUAGAACAACCGGGGCACGUUAGUAGAACCUCUGUCUUACCAGUGACUGUGUGGCAUAUCUGCGCACCAGUAGAACGACUCGCUUGUAACAUUUUUGUCACUAUUGUAUGGCAUUAUUGCACACUAGUAGAACAACUACAUGAUACUCGUCAGGCAAAAUUGCACAACUUGACAUCUGCAUGCUUCAAGUUCCAUUAGUGAACUGCUAGAUGUCAACUCGUAGAAUUUUCGAUGGUCACUAGUAGUACUAGUAGCGGGCAGUUGUCAACUAGUGUAGUUUUGCCUCACUAAUAACGUGCAGUUCAUUAACGCACACAAUUGUCAUAGAGCAGUGGAACAAACAACUAAUAAGACAGUUGUUCUACUAGUGCACUAGUUUUAUCAAUAUGCCCACAUUUCUAUGAUAGAACCUUUUUUAGAAGGGUUUUUCCUAGUUGUCCUUUUGUACUUAAAACUGUUUGCAUUGCGAGCGCAUUGACGUUCCUGCUUUUUGUCAUUGGCAUUUUAUACCAUAUCAACAGUUACAAAGAAAUGAAGCCACCAGCGCUUCAUGUACGGUUAUCUUGAAUCUUUUCCUCCAAAGUGUCUUAAAUGGAGUCCAAGUAGGGUCUCGGCUCUCUCAUUUGGUCCGUUGGUUCCCCUGAAGUCUUUGUUUAAGGUGAAAGGUGAGCUGGCUCUCAACUAGUCGUUCUAAUGUCAAAAUGAAUUGAGUAUCUUUAGGUCAAAGAGCUACGACAUAGUUUGAGUAAGCUAACGUCAGAAAGGGAGGUUAUGGUGCAAUUAGUUCAUUCGUUACAUUAACAAGACAGCAUCGGAUACGCUAUGGUUAUCUUUUUAUUGCUCACAAUGUUUGCUUCCUCUGUAUAGUAAUUUCACAAUGUGUAAACCAAAGAUGGAACAUCUGUCAUGCUGAUCCCCUUAUGAACAACAUCUCCCUAUGGUGGUUUUAUUUUUGUGUAUUUUAAUUGUAUAUGUUUACUGAUGUAUGUUUGACAAGAUUAUGCGCUGCGUGGGCAUGUAGUUAUUUUUCUAUAUGAAGGCAUUUCAAACACCUUUGUGAGAAUAUGAGGACAUUUUUCAUAUUUUCUGUGUGUAUGUACAGUCUGAGUUUAGGUCACUUAAAGCUCGUUAUUGUAAUGGCUCAGAAAAAGGUUCUGGAGAAAAGGAAGUUAAGCCAUGUUCAAAUAUGAAAAUCAGUUUGGAACGGAUUCCAAUAUUUAUCAGGAGUGAUGCAAAAUCCCACUAUAUACUGUACAUUGUUGCUGUAAAUGUUAUAUUGUCUGAUAAAUUGUCAUAUCAGAGAUAGUCCGCAAGUGAACUUCCUAUCCAUUUUUGUAACCCACACACCAGCCCUUCCUUGGUGGUGCUAAACUAGUUUCUAUAUGUAUUCACAUCUAUGCAGAUGAUUCUACAAUAAUCCUCAAGAAUUUCAAUAUGGACCUUUACGUAGUUGUAUUACCCUAAAUAAGACCUGGUCAUCCAUUGUGGUAGCAUGGUUGGCAGAAGACCAAAUGUAAAUGUCUAGUCAAUAUUUGUCACGUUCCACUGAAAAGUAUGUACUGUUGCGCCAAAUGUUUUAUUUUCUGAAAAAACAAAGUUUUGUAUAUAUUUUUUCUCACUCAGACACCUGGUGAUUAUUUGGUUUAUUGCACUCCCACAAACGUAUGUAAAUGUUAGUGUACAUAACUUGUUUCAGCUGUGCAAAGAGCAAAUUUUGUUCAAAUAAUUAAAAAAAAUACCUGAAGUA